ACUUCAGAGUCCAUCGUCACCAAUAAAGGAACAAUUUUCCACGUUGCUGGUACAAAACCUAUAUGGAUUCAAGAAGUUGGUUCCGUCUCUCAACAUCGAUGACUCAUUUCAUCCACUUCUUCUUUCUCGCGCGGGUGCGAUUCAAACAUCAGAGUCGAUCGUCACCGGUAAAGGAAUUUUCCUCGCCGCCGGAGCAAAACCGAUCUGGAUUCGAGAAUUCGAUUUCUUCUCUCAACGUCGAUGCGCCAUUUCGUCCAAUUUUCCUUUCGCAAGUGCCCCAACCAGUUUCGGCUUCUCCAUCCACAUAGUCGAACUCAUCGGAGGCGACUGUAGCUCAGGCGGCAAGCUGCGGCUAAGUGUUAAGG